AGGGAGCUUCUGAAACAAGGUCAAGCUUAUGCCAAGGACCUUAAUCCUGAACCGGCUAAGAACAAAAAGAGGACCACAAAAAACAGGUUCAGGAUUAGUUGGAGAAAGAGAGAUGUGCGGGGAGCAUUAGUCCCUCAAACUACCAAAUGUCGAUCUUCAACUGCACCCAGGGCUGGAACGAAGAAAUGCAAGGACACUGUCAGUGACACACAGGACCUUGUUGAGGACAGGGAUCAUCAGGAAUCAGUUCUUUAUUCCCUUCUUCGAGCGGUCAAAGAAAUGUUACGUGAUGGUCAGCCAGCAGCCCCUGAGUGUGAGAAACACACAGAGGCACAAGAUUGGGGAAUUCGAAAUGCCUGUUCUGCAGAGAGGUGGAAAGUGUCCCGCCCGCAUCUCAUCAACAGCAUGCUGUCAGAUGAGGCAGUAUUGCCCACCACCUGCCAGUGGUGUAGGCAAGGAGUGGCUGUGAUGAGGUGUAGUGAGUGCUUACCUCACCAGUAUCUGUGCAUGGCCUGUGACAAAGAGCAACACACCAGACAUGUUCUGCACAACCGGAGAUCCCUGAUCUCAGGCUACCUCCACCCUGUGCCUCCCACCUCAUUUGUCAGCCAGGAUGCUGACGGGCAAUAUUCCCUUACCCACCAAGCUCAACUUCUACCUUUAGAGGUAUCAGACUGCCAAACCUGCCAGCUCCCCAUGACUGUUAGUGUGGGGAGGUCCAUUGUUUUAGUGACCAUGAAUGGUCGCUAUGAUCUUGUCCUCCCUGAAGCACAUUGUGAAUGUUGUGCCUCUCAUUGGACACCUGCGCUGGAAGACGUUGUGCAAAGUGGGUACUGGCCAGGGACGGUCAACUUCAAUAGUCUGUUUCAUGUUGACGUUUUCCAGUCAUACCUGGAGUUAAAAAUGUCAGCACCUGGACUGUCCCGUCUGGCAUUUACCACAAUGCUAGACAAAAAAAACAGCCGCUUUGGAAGAAGUGGUAAAAUAUCUGGAGACACUUUCCACCAAAGCUUCAUGGAAUGGGCCAUCUGCAGAUAUGAGGUUGACAAGAUGUGCCAGGAGCAGCCGUUUGUCUGCCCUCCAUGCACUCCCGAAAUGCUUGCGGUAGCAGUGGAUGGCAAUCGCAAGCAUUAUCGUUUCAAGAAGGCAGGGAGUCAGGACAGUCAUGGCCACUUGGACGGUGUUUUCCUUUGCGAGGACAGCAAGGUGUCAGAGUUUGUAGACCAUGUCCACAAGGCCACCAAGCAUGUUCCCGGAAAGGGUGUCUGUGGUGGGGCUGAAUUUGCUGCUGCUAAGGAGAUCUCCAGAAAAUCUAGCAGCAAGCUUGAUGAAGAGGGCAUUGAGCUUGCUGUCUGCAGGCAUGGCACAAUCCUUAGAGGCCUUAAUAUGUUUAGGGGGGAAAUAUAUGCAUAUGCCCUCUACUUGCAGAAGGAAUUGGGCAACACUGCAACUUUCUUCUGCACUGAUCUUAUGUGCAAGUACUGGCCCUACUUGCAGAAGGUCUGCAGAGUAUGCCCAGAACUACAACAUCUUCUAGGCAUGAAGCCCUUUCUUUCUGUCCUCCAUGCAAAGGCCCAUGGAAUGAAGUGUGAGAUCAAAUGGGGUGGGGGGUUCCAGGAGAAUGCUGCCUGCACCCUGGGAGAAGAAGUGGAGCAGGCCAACGCCUUCCUCUCCAGGAUAGCCAUUUCCACAAAAUAUAUGUCAAAAGCUGCACGCACUGACAUGAUCACACUCUUGUGCAUGGGAUGGAACCAAGCCAAGGUCCAGCACAUGAGCUCCUACCUCAGCAGACGAUUCCUGAAGACCAAGCAAAGUCUGCAACAACAAAAAGACAGCUAUGAGGCCUUAAAGACAGAGCUGUCAGUCGACAACUCCACAAUCCUGCAGUGGGUGACCGAUGUUCAGGAGUGGGCUGAGAGUGCACCAGUGGAGGACAGUGAUGCACCUGUGGAGUUGCAGAAGAAGAUGGAGGAAAUGUCUGCCAGCAUCAGGCAGAGAACACAUCGGCUGUACAGGCAGAAUGACACAAACAAGGGUCGCCACAGGAUGAGAGCCAAAAUAAGAGAGGAGAAAGGGAAGCUGGCUGCCCUGGUCCUGGAACAUAAUACACUUGUCCAGCCAUCCGAAAGAGUGGAGUCAGUGGAGUUAAUCUUCCAGCCGGAAUACAUAUUCCCUUGGCACGUUCCAACAUCUGAUACUGACAUUCUCACAAAAAAGAAGGUCUUUGAGAAGGUCAUGGGUAUCCGGAGGCUGGAGGAGGAAGAAGUGGUCCUCGUCAAAGAGAUGAAGCAGCACUGGGAAUACCUGAAGAGACGUGCUGAGGUCUUGGAGCAGUCAAUCUCUGGUGACUGUUGGAACCUGUCACCAAAAGGGAGGAAGGGACUCCAAAGUUUGCACCAGAGGAAACUUACAGAGUUGAAGUCUCACCAGGCUGUAGUGAGACAGAUGUAUCUCCAAUACCUCCACCUGGAUCUUACAGAACCCGACCUGGACCUGGAAGAACUCCUGGAAGAGGGCCAGGACUUUUUAAGCUCUGACACCAGCUCAGAUGAUCACGACGAUGUCAACACCUAGGCAUCGACAGAAUAUCAAUGUUAUGCAUUUGAAUUUGGGUAUUGUGAGACAAAUAAAUGCUUUU